AUGGCAUCAGUGACGCGAAAAUUACUUAAUAUUUGUCGAUUUUGUCUGUGCCAGGACGAAAGUAAGCUUCGCCCAAUCGAAAAUAUACUGCCGCUUACGGUAAAAGACGUGGAACGGUUCACCGGUAUAAAGAUAAACACGCAAGAAAAUAUAUCUUAUGCGAUGUGCUUCGACUGUACACACAAAUUGGAAGUCGCGUCCAAUUUUCUUCAGUUUUGUUUAAACAACAAUGCAGAUUUCGAACGGUUACUAAAAAUAGCUAAGGCCAGUGCUAGGAAUGUGCCCAAAAGGACAAUUCAUCCAUCAAGGCAACUAGAAAGCGAUCCACUAGAUUUACAUUAUGUUAUCACAGCUGAUGACGAUGAAGUAGAUGAUGAGGAAAUAGGAAAGGAAGUCAUUGAAAUUUUUGAUGACGACGAUGAUGAAGAAGAAGAAGAAGAGGAACAUGAUAAUGAUGCUAAUGAUCACCACUUGAAAACUCAAGACCAGAAAGCAAGGAACGAUCGAGCAGAGAACUACUCGGCCAAUUACAUCGAUAUUGGCGAAUAUUCGGAAAGCGAUGAACAUGAGCCUAGAUAUGAAUGUUUGGCUUUCUCAAACAAUAGCAUAAUCAACAAAACUGACACUUGGAAUCAGCUCAAUUCAGCAAACACCCCAGUUGAAAACCCGCAGGUGCGAGAAAUUAUAACUCAUCGGACUAGAAAAUCGUAUCAUCCACAGCAAUUGUGCAAUUUGUGCGGUAAGCUAGUUACACACAUUAGAGGCCACUUAGACUCACAUGCAAAUGAAAGGAGACAUGCUUGUCCACACUGUCCGGUUAAGAUGACCAGUAAAGGUAACCUGGUCAAGCAUAUACAUGGUGUGCACCUGAAACUUAUAUCCAAAACAUGCGGCAUCUGCGGCAGGGGUUUCACCAAUAAAAAUUCUUACGCAUCGCAUAUGGUUGCUGGCCAUGGCAUUGGUGAUCGGUAUACGUGUACUUUGUGCUCGAGAAUAUUUAAUCACAAAUCAAGCUUAAGCGAUCACAUGCGGCGAGCUCAUUCGAACGCUAGAAACUUGGCAUGUGAAACAUGCGGCAAAUCGUUCAAAGUCCGGCGAGCGUUGAAAAUUCACAUGAAUGUCCAUUCGACAGACCAACCGUACCCGUGCGGCAAAUGUCCGAAGCGAUUUAAAAGCAGCUAUGCAAGGAAAAUUCAUGAACUUACCCACAGUGGAAUAGUUUUUGAAUGUGCACUUUGUGGAAAAACGUACCGCUACAAAUCACUGCUCAACGUGCACCUUAAAAAGAUGCACCCCGAAUCGGCAGAGUUUCCAGAUGAGGACGAAUCUCCGGAGCGCAGCAUGAGCAAUGAAUGA